GCGCUUCGGGUUCAAUUUUGACGCGGCGAACGAGGCGAACGGAGCGUUUUAUUCUUCGGCUGCUGCUGCGAGUAAACACGCUGCACGCCAGAUUUCGACACAACACAGCGAACCCAAUCCCAUCUUACACCAGCACGAGAGAGGAAAAGAUAUUCAGAAGUUCAUAGUGAGUUUCGACGGUUUUCGAGUUUACCGCCCGGUCUUGUGCGUGAUCAAUUGUUUUUUUAACCCCUGAUUUCGGAUAGUCCGUGUGCAAGGUGCGAUCAUCUUUUUGUGCCCGUUUGUGUGUGUUUUGUGUUUGGUACAAGGAGUGAGGUUUAAAAUAUUCUAAAUAUCGUGUGCACGUGUGAACUAUCAGCAGUGUUCCGAUACCGAAAACUUCCAAACUGUCCAAUUCCGAAGCGAAGAAAAACCCGCGUGCUGUUUGGAGCAAAGUAUUCCAAGUGUUGUGUGUGGACAAGUUAUAUUACAAACAAGCAAACCAAAAACCUAAAAACCUCCCAACCGAAAGGUACACAAAAUUCUUUACCAGCGAAAUAAAUCUUCCAACACAGAAAUAAAUACCAACCGGAAUAGAAGCAGCAGCAAAAAAAAGGCACACACUGUAGCGAACCGGUUUUGUGGAAAAAAAGCGUGCGAUCGUCUCGCAAACCCCUUGUUGCUGCUGCUGGUGUGUAUGAGCCUUUUCUGUAUGUGUGCUUACUGCUAGUGUAUGUAUGUCUCACCGUAGUUGCUGUCUCAGCAGUAGCAGCGGCAGCAGCAGGAGGAAACAAAAAAACAAACCCGGAACACACGACUUCCCGCUACCACGGAGAAGUGUGCGUGCGUGUGUGUGCGGCGCGGUUUGGCAGUGUGUUGCAUGCGGUGCGGUGUGGUGGUGGUGUGACGCACACGGAAGGAAAUGUGUUUGCCGGUGUCAAGUGUCAGCACGGCGGGCGCCCGCCAUAUCUCGCUACUCUUUUCAAGUAGGCGCAGAAGAUCAUCACCGUCGUCGUCCGUGUAAGCGAGAACAAGAGUGAGAUCGCCGCACACACAGAUUGGCACCAAGUCAGUAGUAGCCUGGGCAGCCAGCAGGAGAAGAAACAUUCGUGGUGUUGUGCCGUGACCGGUGCAGAGCUGGGAAUUCAACUGAUCCGCAAGAAGUGUGUUCUAGCAAAGAAGAGGAAGAAGAAGAAGAAGUGGCUUUUCGAACAAAACAUGCACUGACUGUGUGUGUCCUGCAUUCUCCAGAAAGCGUGUUGUGAUUUUUUUUCCAGCAAACCCCAGUGUGUCAGUGUCCUGUGUGUGUGAGUGCUUGCUUGUGUUGUAUCGCGCUUUUCACAACGGAAAUCGGCCACCAUCCGACGGGGGGGGCAGUAGUACUGUGCGUGAGUGUGUGCUUUCUGUGUGCUAAACACGAACGACACACACACACAGCAGGCCACAAAGUCGAAUGGAUCUGUGUGUGGUGUAUCGGUUUUGUUGAAGCAAAGUGUGUAGAAGAAGAAGAAGAAGAAGCGAGCUCUUUUUUGUUGCUGUUGGUUGCUUUAAUUUUCGCGCUACGUCCCCCAGCUGUUCCGUUUUUUUCCUUUUUAAGCUGCUUCCCCGCGAAAGAAGGAAAUGCGGCGGCUUCUUCCGGGCCCGAUUUCCACCGCGAAAUGAGUGAUGAAAACAUGAGCACGUACAGCAACCACAAGUGCAACCGUUGUUUUGUUUCGAAGGAGUGAUAUUUGAAGAGAAAGAGAGAGAGAGAGCGUGAAAGAGUGUGUGUGUGUGUGUGUGAAGAGAAAGAAAACCAAUCGAAAGGCUAAAAGAAAAGUUGUGCUGGAGUGUUUCUUGCAAGAGCCUGUUUUUUGUGUGUAAUUUGUGUUUUUUUUCGCUGUGCGUGAGAAAGAAUAUUUUGUUGUGCCGGCCCAAGUGAAAAAGGACUAACUGGAAAACUGAGAGAGGGAGAGAGAGAGCGAGAGAGUGAGAUAAAUUGAAGGAAAAGCGCACGCUACGAGAUCCAAGCAACAAGUUGGUACGCCGCCCAGGCCCAGAAGGAAAACAAACCCCAACCGGACACACACAACACACCGGUGUUAGUGAUAGCGUCAACAGAAUUUGGAUGUCGCAUUGGAGUUCAUCCGUUUUGGAAAGAUAAAAAUCAUCCAAUCUGGCUCCAACGUGCGUCCUGCUGUCAGUAGCAAACGCAAAAGCACCACCACCACCAUUAAAACAAGAACGCCAGCACGAUUGCCACCAUCGGUCGUGAUCAGCAGCAGGCCAGCAGCAGCAGCGUAGUGGUGUCCGGGUGUUGUCAGCCGGAGGAGAAGGAGAUCGAACGCAGCAGCAGCAGCAGCGCCCCGCAAUCAUCGUCCAACAGCGCUGCCGCCGCCGCCCUCUUUGCCGCAGCCAUGAAGCUACUACCGAUCCCGCUCUCCCCACUCAACGCGCCGCCGCCCCUGGGGCUGUGGAAUUCAGAGCUACUAUGGCGCUACCCGCCCGCCCCGCCCAGCCCGCUGGCCGACCUGAAGACACAGCUCCCGCCCCAGCUCAACACAGACCCGCGCAUCUGGGGCCGCGAUGAGGUGGUCGUCUUUCUGCGCUUCUGCGAGCGCGAGUUCGACCUGCCCAAGUUCGAUCUCGACCUGUUCCAGAUGAACGGCAAGGCGCUGUGCGUGCUGACCAAGAACGAUCUGGCCGAGCGCAGCCCGGGCGCCGGCGACGUCCUGCACAACGUGCUGCAGAUGCUGAUCCGCGACGCCCAGACGCUGCACCGCCAUCUGCCGAGCAGUCCGGUCACGCCGACCGGCCGCUACCCGCUGUCGCCCCACAGCCACCCGCCCACGCCGAACUGGAGUGCACUGGCCCCGCCGGACAGCCCGUUCUUUCACAGCUCGCACCUGCAGCAGUUUAUGGCGGCGUCGAACUCGGUCACACUCAGCCCAGCGCCGUCGAUCGAUUCGCAGGCCGGCAGUCCACCCUCGCAGAGCCACGGCGAGCAGAACGUGUUCCAGCAGCAGCAGCAGCAGCAACAGCAGCAGCACCACCAUCAGCAGCAACCCCCCAAGUCGUCCUCCGGUGCGGGCUCAUCGUCCUCCUCUUCCACGUCCUCGUCGACCAAUGGAAGCGGUGGCAAUGGGAGCAGCGCUAACGGAGGAGCAGCCGGGCCGGCCACCAACGGCACCAACGGGCUGAUCAGCAGCAGCAGCAGCAGCACCACUAGCAGCGUCGCCAGCAGCACCAGCAGCAGCGUCAGCAAUCAGUCCGACUCGGACGAAGAGCACGCGACGGUGGGCAAUGGUACGGCCGCCACUUCGACGACCGGCCCCGGCUCGUCCAACGGCAACGGGUACCAUCCGCUGCCCCUGUCGCAUCCGGACAGCAAGCUGCCACUGAUCGCCACCCAUCCACCCCAGCAGAGCCCCCCGCUCACGCCGAUCUCGAAGGAAACGCAGCAUCUCGGCCAGCUGCAGCUGCUCGACACGAAAACGCUCCAGUAUCCGGUAUCGUCCCUGCUGAACGGUUCGUCCGGCAACGGCGGCAGCAAUGGGGGCAGCUCGCGCGAACGUGAACCCUCGUCCUCGAGUGCGGCAGCCACCGCUGCGGCCGUGGCCGCGGCCGUGCUCGGCCUCAAGGGAGCCGCCUCGAACGGUGGCGGUUCGUCCGGCUCGUCCGGGUCCGGCUCAGCGCCCAGCACGCCCGGCGCGUUCCUGCCCGUUAAGCGCGAGUUCUUCCCCGACAGUCCGGAACCCAAUACGAUUUCGUCCGGUUCGCUUUCAGACGGCCGCCUGCUGUGGGACUUCUUGCAGCAGCUGCUGAACGAUCCGAGCCAGCGGUACAGCAGCUACAUCGCGUGGAAGUGCCGCGACACGGGCGUGUUCAAGAUCGUCGACCCGGCCGGGCUGGCCAAGCUGUGGGGCAAGCAGAAGAACCACCUGUCGAUGAACUACGACAAGAUGUCGCGCGCGCUGCGCUACUACUAUCGCGUCAACAUACUCCGGAAGGUGCAGGGUGAGCGGCACUGCUACCAAUUCCUCCGCAAUCCGACGGAGCUGAAGAGCAUCAAGAACAUCUCGCUGCUGCGCCAAACGAUGGCCGCUAGCCAGGCGGCCGCAGCAGCCGCCGCCGCUCAAUCGAACGGCAACGGUGGUGGCGGUGCCAGCGAGCGCAACGGCGACCGGGGAGCGUCCUCGGUCGUCGGCAACGGUUCGGCCAGCAACGGUGGCAGCAGCAACAACCCGCUAAUGUCGCUGCUCCCGAACGGAGCGAACAUUCACCAUCUGGCUGCGGCGGCUGCGGCCGCUGCCGCCUCCCAGAACGGACCGCUCUCGCCAUCGUCCUCGUCCCCGUCCUCAUCGCCAUCGGCCCUGCACCAUCACCAUCAUCAUCUGCAGCAGCAGCAUCAGGCGGCCGCCGCGGCCGCCGCUGCAGCCGCCGCUAUCCAUUCGCACCAUCUCGCAGUACAAAAUGGGGCCGCCGGGGGAGCGGGCGGUGGGCCGCACCAGCGCAACAUCAAGAUGGAAACCGACCUGGACGACCUCAAGCCGACCGAUCUCAGCACGAACGAUCGCAAGUUUAGCUACGGAUCGCCUGUCAACGGAACGGACUGCUACCCACUGAUUCGCAAUGCCAACGGACUGACAACGAUUCAACUGCUGAGGCAGCAGCAACAGCAGCAACAGUCGGAAGCUGGUUCGCCUCCGUCCUCGCCAACGCCCCUGUCGAUCAACUCGCAGUCGCUGCACACGAUCAGCAGCAACCUGCACCAUCUGCACCAGCAGCAGCUUCAGGCGCAGGCAGCGGCUGCGGCAGCGAUUGCGGCAGCGGCCGAAGCCCGCCACCAGCAGGACGCCGCGGAGCAGCAGCAGGACCAUCCCCUUCACCACCAGUCGUCGUCGUCGUCGUCGCAUCACCAGCACCAACACCACCACCCGGCACGGAACGGUAGCCGAAGCAGUAGCACGAGCGGUGCGAGCGACCAUGACCACCGGGAACCGCACGAUCGCGACCGUGAUACGCCCUCGCCCGCCAACAGUGAGUCGUCCGCGCACCAGCAGCAGUCGCAGCAGCAUCACCACAGCAUGCACGUGAAAAGCGACGACGACAGCAUGAUGCCGACGGAUCUGAGCAAAUCCGAGCCGAUGUACUACAAGUAAGCAGAGGAGGGGAGCGCUCAAAAGGAGGUGGUGUGUCGGGAGAAAACGGCGAGGAGGGGAACGCCCAGCAGCAGCAGCAACAACGACGGCGGCGGCAGCGCAUCAACAGCAUAUGAUCUCAACAGUACAAGCCCCCCACUACUACUACCCACUACUACAGCAGGAUCAUCUGCCAGGUGUGUCAAUUUGAAGCAAUACAGAGAGAGAGAAGGAAGGAGAAUAUCCAGGUCUGUGUGCCAUCGCGCGCGUUUUUCGUGUGUCCGCCGCUGUGUUUCGACCACACACCAUGCGCUGAUGCUGCCCCUCUGCGGUGUGUCCCCUCCGGCGGCGACCAUUUACCACCGUGUUUUUUUUUUAAAUAGUUGUGUUAACCAUUGAACGUACUGAGCUUCCCCCUGUUCUUCCUUCCCUUUCCCUUUUAUCCGCCCCAUGGCGUACAUCCGCUUAACAAUUGACAAACGGCGAAGCUGUUAGAAUUCGAAAUUAGGAUUAGAACAACAAAGAGAGUGCAUGUUGACUGAGUAGCGCGAGUGAGAGAGAGAGAGAGAGAGAGAGAGAGAGAGAGAGAGAGAGUGAGCGAGAGCGUGCGAAAAUAGAGACAGAGAGAGAGAGACGGUUUAGGUUGUAUCUUGUACAGUUUACACACGAUCAUAAGGAGCUGAAAAUUGAUCAUUAGAAAAGAAGGGCACCGUGUCACUAAUCACCCGCGGGAGAAAGCUUUCUGAGCGACAGAAGAAGAAAAGGAAGAAACCCUUACUUAUAUGUGCCAAUCUGAUUUUUGUUCUACGUUUUGUUUUUAAAUCACUAUUCAGAGUUUAAGAAGCGGGUUGUGGGAAAGCGAAGAAGCAACAAAAAGGAAAAACAAACCGACAAAGUGCUAAACAAAACUAAAAGGGGUUGAAAAAUGAAGUUUGAAAUUUUAGAGCUCUGUAUCACACGACUAUUCUACACACUCACUCACAAACACAUAGAAGGGAAGCAAUUAUGCAUAUAAAACAAACUAGUGAUUAACGCCUGUAUAUUGAACUCGAUGUUUGUUUGUUUUUUUUUUAUAUACUCGUUUUUAAAAAGAGCACCUUUUGUGUUUUCUCCCUCCCCUUCCCCAAUUAUUAGGAGCACACACACACAUACGCGCACACAUGCACACUCAUGCACCAUUCGCACACACACACACACAACUCACCUUUGUACAGAUAGUUUAAUUUUUGGUAGCGUCAAUUGUUAGGUUUAAGCUAAGAGUUAAGAAGAAGCGAGUUAAUCUGUUACGGCCAAUCGUAAUCCCCGAGAACACGAGACAACCGGACGAUGAUGAUGAUGAUCACACCUUACUGAUAUUUUAUGACACACGAGGACGCCACAAUCGUGCUUCUGCUGGUUCGAAUUUAUGACGUAAAAGGAAAAAAAGAGUACAAGAAAAAAGAGAUUGUUGUGGGCGAGGUUUCGUUACGCGGACAUGUACCACAAAAAAACUCACACGAGAGAGAGAGGAGAUCCCCAUCCCCCGUUUUGCUACGUGUGCGUGUGUGUGCUGUGUGUGAGAUGUGUGUGUGUGUGUGUGUGUGUGUAGUUACUCAAUUAGGACUCAAAGGCCGCGAAUAUGUAGUUGUAAUUAUUGUAAUACUGUUUUGUUUUUUUUUUUUGGGUGGAAAAACUUAGUUAAGACGAUUUUUUUAUUGUUUUUCGUUUAGUUUCAUUCGCCCCCUCCCAAUUCACUAUUAAGUGUAUGUGUGCGUGUGUCUGUGUGUGUGUGUGUGUGUGUGUGUAUGCGUACAGUAGUAGAGGAAGUGUUGGGGCAGUGUAAAGGCCACAAGCGCAUAGGUUUAAUGUACCUUUAACAAACAAAACAAAACAAAAUACUUCCCUCCUGGUAUACCAAUCGGUUCUUCCAAUUGGUAUACCACACUUUUCCAAUUGGCUUCCAUUAGGCAGAAUAGGAUUAAAAAAAAACAAACACACCCCACUUCCCCGUACACACAUCUCGAUGAUAUAAGAUUGAUAAAUAUGUGAUGAGUUAGGGAGAGAAAGAGAGAGAGAGAGAGAGAGAGAGAGAGAGAGAGAGAGAGAGAGAGAGAGAGAGAGAGAGAGAGAGAGAGAGAGAGAGAGCGCGCGUACCAAGUGCACGAUAAAGGUGUACUAAAAAAGGAUUAUAGGGAUACUAGAGGCAAAAGAUUAACGAUCAAUGCGUGUUUGUUUGUGAGAAAGAGAGUGAGAGAAAGAGUUUAUUGCGUGCGUGUGUGUGUGUGUGGGGUGUUUGGUUGUGGGUGGGUGGGUUAUUCGCAGGAUUUGCAAAGUGAGUGAAGGUUGCUUUCCCUUUAUAUACGUUUUCCUUCUUCUAGAUAGAGGAGUGUGGAGGAUUUAGCUUUUAAAGUGAGAUGAAAGCAAAUAAGCACAGAGCGAGAGAGAAUGAUGAAACGAUCGAAAAGUUUUGUUAGGCGCGGGUAGGAAAAUCAAUCCAUCGAUCGACAUCCAUUCUUUUGCCGGAAAGCAGGAAAAGGCCUACUUUGAUCGGUCGAUCGAAGGAGGUGUUGCAGUUUUCUCGUCCUCCGCGACAAAACGGGGGAGGUGGGUGGAUUUUCCCGCAUUAGGUUCUUCCCGUUUCAUUAGUUUCUUCAGUUAGUUAAUGUGCGAAAUAGCUUAGGUAGGGAGAGCGAGUUGAGUGAGUUGAGUGAGUGAUCGACGAGAGGCUGCAGCGUGGCUUUAGGAUAAUGGCGAUCGACACGCAUCGCAACGCAAACGAAAUCUUCCUUAAAUACUGUGUGUGUGUGUUUUUUUGUCUUUAAGUUUUCAUAUUGUGUACAUUUUCCCCUCCUCUUACCACCCCUUUUCUCUCACACAUCCGCGAUAGGUUAUGGAACAUAGUUGUCUUCUUUUUCUUAUUAUUUUGUAAAUAUAGUGAACCACAACGCUUUAGUUAAAUGGAAAUGUAAA